CCCAGUCCGACUUACUUUCGUUUUAGGCAGAGUCGGGGAGUUUUUGAGGGGCAGUGGGCGCGCGCUCCGGGGCAUCUGCAGACCAGCCAGGAUGAGUCAGUGGUAUAAACUGCAGCAGCUGGAUUCAAAAUUCCUGGAGCAGGUUCACCAGCUCUACGAUGACAGUUUCCCCAUGGAGAUACGGCAGUAUCUAGCGCAGUGGCUGGAAGCCCAAGACUGGGACCAUGCUGCUACCGAUGUUGCACAGGCGACUCUGCUGUUCCAUAACCUCCUGUCUCAGCUGGAUGACCAAUACAGCCGCUUCACACAGGAAAACAACUUUUUACUUCAGCACAACAUUAGGAAGAGCAAGCGUAACCUACAGAACACUUUUGAGGAAGACCCCAUGUUCAUGGCCAUGAUGAUCUCCAAGUAUCUGCACGAAGAAGAGAAAAUCCUCCAGUUGGCUGAGGCAGUAGAUAAGAUGCAGCUAGGGACUGUGCAGAACGCAGUAGUGCUGGGCAGAGUGAAGGAACUGGAUGCGAAAGUCAAAAGCGUGAAGGAUAGUGUCACUGCAAUCGAACAGACCAUCAAAAAUCUGGAGGAUGCGCAAGACGAAUACGACUUCAAAUACAAAACCUUGCAGGUCAGAGAAAAUGAGCCCUGUGGCAUGACCGAGGAAGACUUCCUAAAGGAAAAAAUACAACUCCACACAAAGUAUUUGCAGCUGGACCUCAUGAGACAGGAUGUGCUACAGAGAAUAUCCAUUGCGCUGCAUGUGUCGGAACACACCCAGAACGCCUUGAUUCGAGAGGAACUUGUGGAAUGGAAGCAGCGGCAGCAAAUGGCUUGCAUCGGAGGGCCGCCCAAUGCUUGCUUGGACCAGCUUCAGAACUGGUUUACUACUGUAGCAGAGAGUCUUCAGCAAAUUCGCCAGCAGCUCAAAAAACUGGAGGAGUUGGAGCAGAAGUUUACCUAUGAGACAGACCCCAUCCCACAACAGAAAAAUGGGCUAUAUGAACGGACAUUAGGCCUCAUCAAGCAACUCAUUCAGAGCUCCUUCGUGGUAGAAAGACAGCCAUGCAUGCCGACACACUCUCAGAGGCCGUUGGUCGUGAAGACUGGAGUGCAAUUUACAGUAAAACUCAGAUUACUGGUGAAACUGCAGGAACUGAAUUACAAAUUGAAGGUGCAAGUCGUAUUUGAUAAAGACGUCAACGAGAAAGUUGCCGUUAAAGGAUUUAGAAAAUUUAACAUCUUGGGGACGAAUUCCAAAGUGAUGAACAUGGAAGAGUCAAAUGGAAGCCUGUCAGCAGAAUUUAGACAUCUGCAAUUAAAGGAGCAAAAGAAUCCCGGAAGAACCAACGAGGGGCCUCUCAUUGUAACAGAAGAACUCCAUUCUCUCUCUUUUGAGACAACGCUGGAACAGUGGGGCCUCAUAAUUGAUCUAGAGACCACCUCCCUUCCUAUUGUUGUGAUCUCCAAUGUCAGCCAGCUGCCGAGCGGAUGGGCUUCCAUCUUGUGGUACAACAUGCUGACAAAUGAGCCCAAGAAUUUGUCCUUCUUUCUGAACGCUCCAUGUGCAAGAUGGUCUCAGCUUUCCGAAGUGCUGAGUUGGCAGUUUUCUUCCGUCACGAAGAGGGGACUCAACGCAGAGCAAUUGAGCAUGAUAGGAGAAAAGUUAAUUCCGAAUGGAUGCACUGCGGACAGCACUAUUAGUUGGGUGAGGUUCUGUAAGGAAAACAUAAAUGACAAAAACGUUCCCUUCUGGUUGUGGAUUGAAGGCAUCCUUGACCUCAUUAAGAAACAUCUUCUCUUCCUCUGGAACGAUGGAAGCAUCAUAGGCUUCAUAAGCAAAGAACGAGAACGUUGCUUGCUGAAGAAUAAACCCACCGGUACCUUCCUCCUGAGAUUCAGUGAAAGUAGUCGAGAAGGAGCCAUCACUUUUACCUGGGCAGAAGGACCACAAAAUGAUAAUUUAUGUCACUCGGUGGAACCCUACACAAAGAAGGAACUCUCUGCUGUUAGCCUGCCUGAUAUUCUUCGCAGCUACAAGGUGAUGGCGGCUGAGAAUAUUCCGGAAAACCCUCUGAAAUUUCUUUAUCCAGAUAUUCCCAAAGACAAUGCCUUUGGAAAAUACUACUCCAGGCCCAAAGAGCCCUGCGAACCCAUGGAUGUGGACGGCGGAGGAAAAGGAUACAUCAAAACUGAAUUAAUCUCUGUGUCUGAAGUCCACCCCUCCAAACUGCAGAGCACGGAUAACCUCUUGCCAAUGUCCCCGGAAGAUUUUGACGAGGUCAGACGAGCAAUAGGCUCUACAGACAUGAUGCUAUGUCCAGAUUAUUGAACAUAAGGGCUGGCUGGCUGGCUAGGCCUGCAUCAAGACUUAGCCACUCUGAGUUGAGGACCUAUUAAGGCUGUGGAACCCAUACUUUGCAGUGUCUUAUGUAUCGCUGCUGUACUGCUUUGUUUGCCCAAAGUGCAGCUUUAAAAAGUUAAAUGGGUUUGUUCUUUUGUUACUAAAAUAGUGCUUUAGGCUAGUGAUCCAGUACAUAACUUAUUUUCCAGCAACUUGUUUGUGUGCGUCAGCUGGUGUGUGCUUAUGGCGAUUUUAUUUUAUUGAGUGCUGCAUACAUUCCUAGCUUGUUCUCUGUAAAAUGGGAUUGUUCUUUUAAAAACAAGAGCACCAAGAGCGUUCAAAUGGGAAGCUUAGGUUUCCUGCAGCAAUCAAAUCUGGUUUUGUUGCUGUCAAAGAGAGGCAAAAUGCAUACAAAUCAGGACUCCUUGGUGGGGAACUGUUAACUGCGCAGUCCUGACUAACUGUGGAGUCCUAGUUAUGUCUCCUUCGAAGUAUACCCCCUGUUCCAUAGGGUGUAGCUUGAGGUAAGCACUGGACCCCAAGCACACGGCCCUUGGGCCUAUUCUAACACUUGCGGUUCCAUUUUUUUGGCCUACAGGAAAGCUAAGUGAAAGCGUGUUGCUGGAGGUGGGAACUAGACCAUUCACCAAAGUGCAGAGCACUGGUGUGGGAAUAGGCAAGGAGUCCCCCAGGAACUUUUAAGAUCCUGAGGGAUAUCUCGGUUGGUAGAGCAUGAGACUCUUACUACUGGAGUCAUGGGUUCGAGCCCAACGUCAGGCAAAAGGUUCCAGCACUGCCGGGGGGGGGGGGGUUGGACAAGAUGGCCCUGGGGGAUGCUGCCAGCUGUAUGAUUUUAUUGGAAUACAUGAAGAUACUAGGGAAAAGGUUUACUUUUUUGCACUGCCAACUGGUGUGGUGUGGUGUGGUUAAGAGUGGUAGACUCGUAAUCUGGGGAACUGGGUUCGCGUCUCUGCUCCUCCACAUGCAUCUGCUGGGUGACCUUGGGCUAGUCACACUUCUUUGAAGUCUAUCAGCCCCACUCACCUCACAGAGUGUUUGUUGUGGGGGGAGGAAGGGAAAGGAGAAUGUUAGCCGCUUCGAUAAAGCGGGAUAUCAAAUCCAAACUCCUCCUCCUCUUCCUCUGUAGGAUUUCAAAUGAUGGUUUGCAAGAGAAAGUUGCUUCUUCCUGUCUUAAUUGUGUAUUGUUGUCAUUAAACAAAAAAUGAACAGGUGGAAUAGGAUUUGCAGCCAACAGUUACUGUGUAGAGUUCAACGCCACGAUCACUAUUGUCGCUGUGCCCAAUUUUAAAGAUCAGAAUUCCCUAUUAUAACUGGUUAUCUGUUCCUAAAUACAGGACCGCUUUAAUGACUUAACGCUGAAAGCAUUUAGAGGGCAGAGGCAGGUAAUAGUUCCAGCCCUCAUAACUCAUCUGGUGGUGGAGUCAGUUUUUACCAGGAGUGCCCCCCAAAUUAUGCCCAUUCUGUAUCUAUUAAGCCGCUUUUAUUGUAAUCAAGUGGUAUAUAAAUUUCGUUGCAUGCACACUCUUGUGUAUCAGAGCCAUUCAGUAAAAGGAUGAAUUUGCAAAAUAAGCAGCAUUGCUAGAGUUUGGAGUUUUCCCCCUAUACCCACUGUGACAACCUUGUAAUGAUCUCGUGUAUUUUGUAUUCUGUGAUUCUUAAAUUUGGGUUGGCAGACCAUAAAUGACACACAAAGUUUGAAGACUGUAAAGAAGUGGCAGUGCCUAAUAACACGUGUGUAAUUGUGGCACAACUUUGGUGUGUUUGGUUGCUAACGGAAUAAUGGUUUCCCAUGGUGUGUCUUUUCAGUGAAAGGGAAUUGCUUUCUGGAGAGAGUCUAGACCAGGCAUCCCCAAACUGCGGCCCUCCAGAUGUUUUGGCCUACAACUCCCAUGAUCCCUAGCUAACACGACCAGUGGUCGGGGAAGAUGGGAAUUGUAGUCCAAAACAUACGGAGGGCCGAAUUUUGGGGGUGCCUGCUCUAGAUUGUGGAGGGAAUUAAGGGACUGAUGCUGUUGCAUAGGCUGUUCAGUGGCUAAGGCUUGUGUUUCUCACUUCAGCUCCAGAAAGAUUAGUUCUACAGCUCUCUCUGCUUAAGAGGACUAUACUGCUUUCAGGGUUGCAAACUUGAGUCCCAGCCGUGCACUUUUCACAAAUCACAAGUUUAUAGGCUUUGCAAUCCUAGACUAAGACACACAAUGCAGCAGCAUGUAAAAUAAAUGCCAUCUAUGUUAUUACCAGCUGAUGUGUUUUGUAAAGCUGCUAUAGAAAGAAUGAAAAGCUUAAUUAAUAUGCUUCCACUGAAAACACGCAGGCAUAGAUUGGGGAAGAAAAAGCAAACCGCCUUUUUUUUUUGUAAGCAUGUUUAUUAUGUUGUAAAAUGCAUCACCACUGAAUUUGGUAAUCCUGAAAAUAAAUCUUACGUUCAGAAGUGGUACAGCUCAAGUAUAUUAAGUUUAGAUUCAGUCAUGGGGAAACUGUCGAGAGGCAAAUACAAUCAUCAUAGUUUCUCCUCUACAAUAAAGAAUGUCAAAUGUCAAGCCCAGGUAUUUUACUCAUUGGGUCACUACAAACAGUCACUGGUAGUUCUGCUAUGAAACUUAAAAAGACAUGCGUCCAGCACAACACAUCCACGCACAAAAAUGGGAUAGCCGAUUCUUACUUAGGACUAUUGCAGGAGCACUUAGGUACGAAGCAUAAAAUUGACUUAAUUCUAUAGGCUGUGAUGAACAAGUAUAGAAUGCUUAGACUUUAAAACUGAAUGCGUUCAAGCAAAACAAGCCUUU